GCGGGAGUUUCUAGAAGCCCGUCCCGGCGUCCUUUGCGGCCCCAACAUGGAGGAGCUGACGGUGGAAGUGCGCGGCUCUAACGGAGCCUUCUACAAGGGGUUCAUCAAAGAUGUUCAUGAAGAUUCUCUCACAGUUGUGUUCGAAAACAAUUGGCAGCCAGAACGCCAGGUUCCCUUCAGUGAAGUAAGAUUACCUCCACCGCCCGAUAUUAAGAAAGAAAUCGGUGAAGGGGAUGAAGUGGAGGUUUACUCAAGGGCAAAUGACCAAGAGCCUUGUGGAUGGUGGCUAGCAAAAGUUCGAAUGAUGAAAGGGGAGUUUUAUGUCAUCGAAUAUGCUGCUUGUGAUGCCACUUACAAUGAAAUAGUCACAUUUGAACGACUUCGACCUGUGAAUCAAAAUAAGCCAGUUAGCAAGAAUACCUUUUUCAAAUGUGCAGUAGAAGUUCCUGAAGACCUAAGAGAGGCGUGUGCUCUUGAAAGUGCCCAUAAGGAUUUUAAGAAAGCAGUGGGAGCCUGCAGAAUUUUUUACCAAGCUGAAACGGCUCAGUUAAUAGUACUGUCUUCCAGUGAGGCAACAGUGAAAAGAGUAACUAUACUGAGUGACAUGCAUUUGCGCAGCAUUCGAACCAAGCUAAUGCUCAUGUCAAGAAAUGAAGAAGCCACAAAGCAUUUAGAGUGCACAAAACAGCUUGCGGCAGCAUUUCAUGAGGAAUUUGUUGUCAGAGAAGAUUUAAUGGGCCUUGCGAUAGGAACACACGGGAGCAACAUCCAGCAAGCCAGGAAGGUUCCAGGAGUUACUGCAAUUGAGCUUGAGGAGGAUACUGGUACUUUCAGGAUCUAUGGAGAGAGUGCUGAGGCAGUAAAAAAGGCUAGAAGCUAUUUGGAAUUCGUGGAGGACUUCAUUCAGGUUCCUCGAAGUCUUGUGGGGAAAGUUAUUGGAAAAAACGGCAAAGUCAUUCAGGAGAUUGUGGACAAGUCUGGAGUUGUUCGAGUGAGAAUUGAAGGAGACAAUGAGAAUAAACUCCCCAGGGAAGAUGGAAUGGUCCCUUUUGUCUUUGUGGGUACGAAAGAAAGCAUUGGGAACGUCCAAGUACUUCUUGAAUACCAUAUUGCCUACUUGAAGGAAGUGGAACAGCUGCGGAUGGAGAGACUCCAGAUUGACGAGCAGCUACGGCAAAUUGGCAUGGGUUUUCGGCCGUCGUCCACCCGAGGUCCUGAAAAGGAGAAAGGCUACACCACUGAUGAUAGCACUCCUGCCUCCGUACAAGGCUCCAGGUCCUAUAGUGGAAGAGGGAGAGGACGGAGAGGCCCAAAUUAUACCUCUGGCUAUGGAACAAACUCUGAGCUGUCGAAUCCCUCCGAAACAGAGUCUGAAAGAAAAGAUGAGCUGAGCGAUUGGUCGUUAGCGGGAGAUGAUGACAGGGAGAGUCGACACCAGCGUGACAGCAGAAGACGUCCACCCGGGGGAAGAGGGCGCAGUGUUUCUGGGGGUCGUGGACGCGGUGGCCCCCGUGGUGGGAAGUCGUCAAUUAGCUCUGUGCUGAAAGAUCCAGACAGCAACCCUUACAGUUUACUUGACAACACAGAGUCUGAUCAGACCGCGGACACAGACGCCAGUGAAUCGCACCACAGCACCAACCGGCGUAGGCGAUCCCGCAGGCGAAGGACUGAUGAAGAUGCUGUCUUGAUGGAUGGGAUGACAGAAUCUGACACUGCCUCAGUUAAUGAGAAUGGCUUAGAUGAUAGAGACAAAAAACCCCAGCGGCGCAAUCGUAGUCGCAGGCGUCGCUUCAGGGGUCAGGCAGAAGAUAGACAGCCAGUCACAGUUGCUGAUUAUAUCUCAAGAGCAGAAUCUCAGAGCAGACAAAGAAAUCUCCCAAGGGACACACUGGCCAAAAACAAGAAAGAGAUGGCAAAAGAUGUGAUCGAAGAAGUCGGCUCUUCGGAAAAGGCCAUGAACGGCCCAGCGGCCGUUUCCGAGCCCGAGCCUUCGAAGCUGCCGAAGAGUCCCGAAGAGAGGCCAAGCGCUAUCCCGGAAGAUGAAAAUAAGCAGGAAGAGGCUGUGCUGAACGGGGUUUCAUAAAGAGUUCCUAGUUUACAGUUCUUUUUACAUCACAUUUUACAAAUAGUGCUUGUAUAAGCUUGCCAAAGAUAGAAUACGGAUCGCGAGUCAUGACACCGCACUUUCAGUUCCUCUGUUUUGGAAAACAGAAAGGGGAGAGGG